GCCUCAGAUCCAUCCCCAGCCCGGGCCCUGCAUCCAGGCCGCCAGGAUGGACAUGUUCAUGAAGGGCCUGUCCAUGGCCAAGGAGGGCGUCGUGGCAGCCGCGGAGAAAACCAAGCAGGGGGUCACCGAGGCCGCAGAGAAGACCAAGGAGGGCGUCCUCUACGUCGGAAGCAAGACUCGAGAGGGGGUGGUACACGGCGUUACCUCAGUGGCUGAGAAAACCAAGGAGCAGGCAUCCCAUCUGGGAGGGGCCGUGUUCUCUGGGGCUGGGAACAUCGCAGCAGCCACAGGCCUGGUGAAGAAGGAGGAAUUCCCCACUGAUCUUAAGCCAGAGGAAGUGGCCCAGGAAGUUGCUGAGGAGUCGCUGAUCGAGCCCCUGAUGGAGCCAGAAGGGGAAAGUUAUGAUGAACCACCCCAGGAGGAGUAUCAGGAGUAUGAGCCAGAAGCGUAAGGGCCCAGGACGGCUUCCCACCAGCAGCACAAUCCUAUCCUGUUCCCUGCCCCACCCCCCAGAGCCAGGGCUGUCCUUCUGCCCCUUCCCCCCAAACACAAGAUCUUCCGCUCCAAGGCACCCCCUAGGAGCCAGUGUUCGUGUCUAUCAGUCAGUCUGCCCUACCCGCCGCGUCUAUCCCUGGAGUGAGGACAGGCCUGGGCUGCCUGCGGCCGCGGCUGGAAACCUCUUCCCACCAGUGUUGCCCUCUACCUGCCCUUUUCCAGUCCAGUGUCUGCGCG